CUGCAAUAGCGGACCAUUUUUAUCUCCGUAAAAGAAAAAUUCAGACAGCGAGCAAGGAGCUCCCGCUUCCCUCGCUCUCCUUGUCCUGAAAUUUCUCUUUUCAUCUUCAAAACUAGACUCAGAUGCCUCCCUCAUCAACAGACGACCACUUUCAACUCUCAGAUACAUUGGUUUCAGUUUCAGAUCGAACCGAGAAAACCGGUUUUAUCCACAGCCGGACCAAUUCCUCCUCCUCCUCCUCUAUGAACCUCCAAUCCUCGCCCAGACAAUCACCCCGUUAUAAUCAACAUGGCAUGCCUUUUUCUUGGUCAAAAUUGUUGGGUUUUUUGUCGGAUCAGAAACAGAGGCAGGUAAAUAGGACAGUCAAGAGAAAAGGAGGGAGGGUAGAGUGGUACCAAAGAAAGAGAGUGAAAGGACUGGUAACUGUGAUUGGAUUGCUGGUUUUGUUUUUCAUUGUUAAUUGGUUAAUGCUUUUACGGCUUCAAGAUCAUCGAAUAAUUGAUCCACAGAAUCACUCUUCUCAAGAUUCUGCUUCUUCUAUUUCAGUUUCCGUUAAGACAGAAUGGAGAAAGCCUGGCAAAGGAAAAAAACCACAAAAAGGUACCUAUGAAAGGAUGUUGGCUUUGGCUGCUCAUGCCCUGGCAGAGGUGAUUGAAUAUCAAAUCAGUUAUCAUCUAAAUAAGCGUGAGCCAAAGGAUUUGUGGCAGGAACCAUAUAUCGAGGCCUCUGCUUGGAUACCUUGUGCUGAUCAACGUAGUUGGGAACCUAGUGGGGGAAGUAAUGGUUACAUUUUGGUCACAGCUAAUGGUGGGAUGAACCAGCAGAGAGUAGCUGUUUGUAAUGCUGUUGUUGUUGCUCGGUUGCUGAAUUCAACUCUUGUUAUUCCUAAGUUUAUGUACAGUAGUGUCUGGAGAGAUGUGAGUCAAUUCAGCGAUAUCUAUCAGGAAGAGCAUUUUAUUAAUUACCUGACUCCUGAUAUUCGGAUAGUGAAGGAACUCCCGGAGGAACUACGAUCACUAGAUUUGGAGGCAAUUGGGAGUGUGGUUACUGAUGCAGACAUUAUGAAAGAGUCCAAGCCAAGUUUUUAUUUGAAAAAUAUUCUCCCUAUUUUGCUGAAAAAUAGAGUCGUCCAUUUCAUUGGAUUUGGGAACCGGUUGGCAUUUGAUCCAAUACCGUUUCAACUGCAGAGACUUCGAUGCAGAUGUAACUUUCACGCACUGCAAUUUGUUCCCAAAAUACAACAAACUGGCGCUUUGCUGCUCCAAAGAUUGCGUAAACGUGCAUCUCAUCCUGGGCCAUUAGAUCAUUAUCUUGUUGGACCUUAUGCAGAAUCAAAUAUGAAGGAAAGUGGUGGUCGUUCUGGGAAAUCUUCAAAAUAUCUAGCUCUGCAUCUGAGGUUUGAAAUUGACAUGGUAGCACAUUCUUUAUGUGAAUAUGGUGGGGGUGAAGAAGAGAGAAAACUGCUGGAAGCAUAUCGCGAAAUCCAUUUCCCUGCAUUGACGCUUCUCAAGAAGACAAAAAUACUACCUUCUCCUGCAAUGCUCAGGUCAGAAGGCCUAUGUCCAUUAACUCCUGAAGAAGCAGUCCUUAUGCUUGCCGCUCUUGGUUUCACCCGUAAGACACAUGUAUUUGUGGCUGGUGCAAAUAUAUAUGGAGGGCAAUCAAGAUUGGCUGCUUUAACCAGCUUGUAUCCUAAGUUAGUUACUAAAGAGAAAUUACUUUCAGCAACCGAACUUGAACCAUUUUCAAACUUUUCAUCUCAGCUAGCUGCACUGGACUUCAUAGCCUGCACUGCUUCUGAUGCAUUUGCCAUGACAGACUCAGGGAGUCAGUUGUCAUCUUUGGUUGCCGGAUAUCGAACAUAUUAUGGCGGAGGAAGAAUGCCAACAAUACGGCCAAACAAGCGGAGACUGGCUGCCAUCUUCACUAAGAACUCCACCAUUGAAUGGAAAGUAUUCGAGCAAAGAGUUAGGAAAGCAGUUAGACAAACUAAACACGUUUUUGAAAGGCCUGUGGCAAGGAGUGUUUACAGAUUUCCACGGUGUAAAGAGUGUAUGUGUUUUACAGAAUAAAAUUAUUCUUUUAGCAGAGAUAGGAACUAGUGAUAUUCAUAAAUUCAUUAUUAUUAUUAUUUUUUUUUUUCUCUCGUUCAUUUCGUUUAAAUGAAAGGAGUGGAGAGGCUACUGGGAUCCAUUCUGGCAAGAGUGAAAUGAGAUCUACGUAUUAGCUGUA